UGAUGCGCGCUGCGGGGCGGCGGGGGGUCCGCUCCUCCCGGUGAGAGGCGGGGAGGCGUCCAGCCUCUGCCCCGGAGGUUUUUCACCCGCAGCAGCCGGAGGAGGGGGACUAUGGACUGAGCGCAUCGCUGUACCAUGGAGUCCGGCUUAGGCACGCUUUGCCUUCUUCUCUGCCUGGGGCCAGUCGCAGGCUUCGGCGUGGACCCCUCGCUGCAGAUCGACGUGUUGUCCGAGCUGGGGCUGCCGGGCUCCGCGGCGGGCGUGCGCCAGGUGCUGGGGCUGCACAACGGGAGCAAAGCUUUCCUCUUCCAAGAUACUUCAAGAAGUGUAAAAGCGUCUCCAGAAACAGCUGAAAUCUUUUUUCAGAAGUUGAGAAAUAAAUAUGAAUUCACAAUCCUGGUGACCUUAAAACAAGCCCAUUUAAAUUCAGGGGUUAUUUUCUCUAUUCAUCAUUUAGAUCACAGGUAUCUGGAAUUGGAAAGCAGCGGUCAUCGAAAUGAAAUCCGGUUGCAUUAUCGUACAGGCAGCCAUCGCUCCCACACAGAAGUAUUCCCAUACAUCCUGGCAGAUGAUAAGUGGCACAGGCUUUCCUUAGCAAUCAGUGCCUCUCACCUGAUUUUACAUGUGGACUGUAAUAAAAUCUAUGAAAGAGUUGUGGAGAAGCCCUUCAUGGACUUACCUUUGGGUACAACCUUUUGGCUAGGACAGAGGAAUAAUGCACACGGUUAUUUUAAGGGCAUAAUGCAAGAUGUUCAAUUACUUGUCAUGCCUCAAGGAUUUAUUUCUCAAUGCCCAGAUCUUAAUAGGACAUGCCCAACUUGUAACGAUUUCCAUGGACUUGUGCAGAAAAUUAUGGAACUGCAAGACAUUUUAGCCAAAACGUCAGCUAAGUUGUCACAAGCUGAGCAGAGGAUGAACAAGCUGGAUCAGUGCUACUGUGAAAGGACCUGCACAAUGAAAGGCAUGACGUACAGAGAAUUUGAAUCCUGGACAGAUGGUUGUAAGAACUGCACUUGCAUGAAUGGCACUGUGCAGUGUGAAGCUUUGAUUUGCCCCCUCUCUGACUGUCCUCUUAAUUCUGCCCUGGCAUAUGUGGAUGGCAAGUGCUGCAAAGAAUGUCAAUCGGUGUGCAUAUUUGAAGGCAGAACCUACUUUGAAGGACAAAGAGAAACAGUGUAUUCAAGCUCAGGGGACUGUGUUCUGUUUGAGUGCAAGGAUCACAAAAUGCAGCGUAUUCCAAAAGACAGUUGUGCAACUUUGAACUGCCCAGAAUCUCAACAGAUCCCAUUGUCUCACAGUUGCUGCAAAAUCUGUAAAGGCCAUGACUUUUGCACUGAAGGACAUAACUGCAUGGAGCAUUCUGUCUGCCGGAACCUAGAUGACAGAGCUGUCUGUAGCUGCCGAGAUGGCUUCAGGGCCCUUCGAGAGGACAAUGCCUACUGUGAAGAUAUCGAUGAGUGUGCUGAGGGGCAGCACUACUGUCGGGAGAACACCAUGUGUGUAAAUACACCAGGAUCCUUCAUGUGCAUCUGCAAAACAGGAUAUAUCCGCAUUGAUGACUAUUCAUGUACAGAGCAUGAUGAGUGUGUAACAAACCAGCACAACUGUGAUGAAAAUGCGCUUUGUUUCAACACCGUGGGUGGGCACAACUGUGUCUGCAAGCUGGGUUACACUGGAAAUGGGACUGUGUGUAAAGCAUUUUGCAAAGAUGGGUGCCGGAAUGGAGGAGCCUGUAUUGCUUCCAAUGUGUGUGCCUGCCCACAAGGCUUUACUGGCCCCAGCUGUGAGACUGACAUUGAUGAAUGCUCCGAUGGCUUUGUGCAGUGUGACAGCCGUGCUAAUUGCAUCAAUCUGCCAGGGUGGUACCACUGUGAGUGCAGGGAUGGCUACCAUGACAAUGGGAUGUUUUCACCAAAUGGAGAAUCCUGUGAAGACAUUGAUGAAUGUGCAACUGGAAGGCAUAGCUGUGCCAAUGACACUGUUUGCUUUAACUUGGAUGGUGGGUAUGACUGUCGAUGUCCACAUGGCAAAAACUGCACAGGAGACUGUAUCCAUGAAGACAGAAUCAAGCACAAUGGUCAGAUUUGGGUGCUGGAGAACGACAGAUGCUCUGUCUGCUCAUGCCAGAGUGGAUACGUGAUGUGCCGGCGAAUGGUCUGUGACUGUGAAAAUCCCACUGUUGACCUAUUUUGCUGUCCUGAAUGUGACCCAAGGCUCAGCAGUCAAUGUUUACAUCAGAGUGGGGAGCUUUCCUACAACAGUGGUGACUCCUGGAUACAAAACUGUCAGCAGUGUCGCUGCUUGCAGGGAGAGGUUGACUGUUGGCCCUUGCCAUGCCCAGAGGUGGACUGUGAGUUCAGUGUCCUCCCUGAGAACGAGUGCUGCCCACGCUGUGUCACUGACCCCUGCCAAGCGGACACCAUCCGUAAUGACAUCACUAAAACCUGCCUGGAUGAAACCAAUGUUGUUCGCUUCACUGGGUCUUCUUGGAUAAAGCAUGGCACAGAGUGCACACUCUGCCAAUGUAAGAACGGCCACGUCUGUUGCUCAGUGGAUCCACAGUGCCUUCAGGAACUGUGACACCAACAACCAUCUCUCACAAGCAGUUUCUGGUUAAAGAAUUUUCUGUCACAAAAGACCAUUAGACCAAAAAUAGUACAAAAUUAAAACUAAAAUUGA